CCUGAUCGAACGUGUACACUGGUGCUUCUGUAGGCUAAAACUCGCCAUGGAAGGAUCAUCGUGUGGACUGUCAAUUGCAGAGUUCGCCAGCAGAUCUUGAGAUGAUCUCAACUUCGGGUGACUUGGGCAAAGGCUCCAGGAUCUCACCUUAUGGAUACCUUGAAUGGUUUCUUUGAGCUUCUAUGCUUGGGUGCAGUGCCCGACGAUGAUUCAGACUCCGAGUCUCAUGCGUCCCGUAGUGUGGCGACUUCAAGCUCAUCCACCUCCAUGUCAGCCUCCAGUACCCAGAUGUUGGUGGAAGAGCCGGAGGGUCCACCUCCGAUGUUUCUGGAACCACAGGAGGUGGCACGGAGUUGCAAGGACUUCUCCUGUUGCACCAUGUUCCUGCUGGCAAUCUUGGUCUUCUGUGCCGUGGUGAUCCUGGGCUCCUGGAAACCAGAGCGCCAUGACUUCGUGCGGCUCACCGAUGGGCGCGGCACGCAGUGCGGGGUCUACGAUGAGAUCGGCAAGGACUACUGGUACCUCUGUGGAGCAGACAUGGAGAAUGACACCUUCCUGCCCACCUGUGUUCAUGACUGCUCGAAUGCGCACAAGCAUGAUCACUGUGCCAACCAGUGGGAGCUCUUGGAGGUGACCACCUACUCCGCCCGUGUGGUGGGCCCCUUGUGCUGGCCGGUGAAUGCCACCUUUGCAGCGCACCUGAGAUUUGUGCUCCAAACGCGACACUACAAAUCCAUUGACAUGUUCCUCUCGGUCUAUUUCGCCUGGCCGCCCUUGGCGGUGGCGGCGCUUUUGUCGGUGGCCUUCUCACACAUGUGGACGCGGAUCCUCAGAGAUCAUGCUCACUGUUUGGCAUGGAUCGGGAUGUACCUGCUAGUGACGCUGCCGCUGAUGAACUUGGCCUACUGUUGGCUUCGGUACGGCGCUGUCGAUCGUCUCUAUGCCAUUGGGGCGCUCCUGGUGGCGGCGUGCUUCGGGUGUUUGGCCUGUCGCAACGAGCCACACCUGGACCGAGCGACCUAUUGCUUGCACGCGGCCUGCCAUUGUGUCACCGACAUGCCCUUGCUGGAAAUUGGACCUGCCAUCGUUACGACCCUGAAGAUCUGUAUUCUGCUAGCUGCUAUCUGGUUUAUCCGCUUCACUCCAACGACGUUGCACUUUGAGAUUCGAACGGGCACUUUGCAAUUCCUCCACUAUGGAGAUACAGCCCGACAGGUUGGAGAUGUUUCAGUUGCGGUGCUGUAUUGUCUCUUCUGGCUUUGGUGCUGGAAUGUGAUUAAUUCCUUCUGGGAGCUCAGCUGUGUGGCGUUGACUGUGCUGUGGUACGUCCACAAAGGGAAGCAUGACGAGCCGCCCGGCCUUCUUGCAGGUCUAAAGUGCAUGGCGGUGCUCCUCCGCUUCCAUGGUGGCUCCAUCGCCUUCGCUGCGGUCUGCAUCGGCCUGGUGCGGCCCUUUCGCUUCGUGUUGGGCACCUUGACGGCGGUGACACGGAUGCCGCAGAAUCCCUUCAGCUGGAUGGAGAUGUCCUGCUGCCCUUGCCUGGUGUCCCUCUACAAGCUUUUUGACCGGUUCUCAGCCAAUGCCUUUGUAGACCUGGUGCUGCAUGGGACAGCGCUCCGCAAGGCGAUGGAGGCAGCAGCCGUGACGAUGGAAACAUGUCAGACCACAGCCAACUCGUUGAAUGGUACCACCUUCGUCUUCCAAGUCAUUUGCCUGUGCCUCACCUGGUGGUUCGGCUUUAUGAUCAGCUGGAUUGCUGUGACUCAGAUCCCAGAGUACAAUGAUCCCAUCCAUUUCGGCUAUGUCCCAUACGUUUGGUACUGGUGCGUGGUCAGUGGCUUCAUUGCUUCCAUUUGUUCUUAUUCUCAUGUCAUGGUCUUCGACAUCGGCUCAGACACCAUCUUGUACCUCCAAACCUUGCGUGAGAUGAACGAGGAGUUAGCCGAUCGCGAGCUGCGACGCCUGUCGGGUGGGGUUGCCGGGGUGGCCACCAACAUUUAUGAGAUGUUCCGCUCGAUCGCGGGAUCUGCCUUGGGUUGCGCCUACCCUGUGUGAUGUCGGCC